UUCUGCUGUUUGAUGCUUUAGGAUGGGAAAUGAAAAUCCCGCAAGACAUUCACGGCCUCAAAGGUUCCUGUCUGGUGAUUCCAUGUUCUUUCAGCUACAAAUCAAACCCACCCCAAAACCCAAAUAGAGUCGUGUGGUAUCAGUGGGCUUCUAGUGGCCGUCCUUUAGUUUAUGAUUCUUUGCAUGCAAAUAAUGUCAUCACAAAGUUCAGAGGAAAAACUGAAUUAUAUGGAAACUCAAACUCAAAUUGUAGUCUCCUGAUCAAAAACCUGGAACAGUCCCACCAUAAUGAGAAAUUAUACACAAGGAUUGACCCUGAAAAUAUUGCAUGGACCAACUACAAACAUGAUGAUUUUACCUCUACAAUCCUUAUUGACGAAAGUCCACAGCUGCCCAAAAUGGAUUUUUCUGGAGGUGAAAGGAUGGGCGACAAUAUCACGGUAACAUGUUCAGCUUUCCACACGUGUCCACACAGCAAACCAAGUAUCACUCUGAAUGGUGUUGAAGGAUCUGAUGAAAUAAAGCAUGAGUCCUUUAAAGAUGGUCAGUGGAAAAUCACUCUGACACGAAAAGCUGUGGUAAAGGCAGAAAGUUCAAGCAUUGAGUGCUCAGUAACAUAUCAUGGUGGUGUAAAAGCGACAGCUACAAUGACCAAAAAUGUCAAAUGUGUUCAUCAAAAAAUAACGAUUGAGCCUGCAAUAGCAGAUGUCACUGAGGGCGUUGAACAGCUCUUUAACUGUACCGUCUACCAUUCCUGUCAGAAGGAGAAUCCAACCAUCACAUGGAACUACGAGAACAUGCAGGUCUCAGAGGGGAGAAAAACACUUUCAGGUUUAGAUCGAAUCACCUAUUCCAAUAUAACCUUCCUGGGUGCGAAAGAAGACAAUGGGAAGGAGCUGACGUGCACUGUACAAAUGUCUGGAGGAAACAGUGAAAAAUCUGUUGUUUUACGUGUAAAAGAUUAG